AUGAUGCCGGCAGCUAAGAGCACUCCCUAUCGGCGAUCGCGACUCGGCCAGGAGGCAUCUGAUGUCAGCGCGCGACCGAUUGCCGACGGCAGCAGCAAGAGCAAGAGCGCCAGAGCGAGGGACAGCGAUGACACCGCGGCGAAGGUGGCGGAAUACGAGCGAUUCGUGGAGGAGCGGUUGAAAGUGGAUUUACAGGCAGCGAUGGAAGACAGGCACAAGGUCCAAGAAGAAAUCCAAGUCUUGUACGCUCUUUCUUCCCCUCAAAUCCUCUCGCCUCUCCUUGGAGUUGCAGGGCGUUUCAGAGAAUUCUCAAGUACAAUUGAGGAGUUGGUGCGCAAUAUCGAAGCCCUGGAGGAGAAUGGAGUGGAGGAGAUGAGAGCCAUGGUCAACCUGGGAGGAGAGGUGUUUAUGCAGGCAGACGUGCCCGACACGUCACACAUAUUCGUGUCGGUGGGGCUGGGCUUCCACGUGGAGUUCACCCGCCUUGAAGCCAAGGAAUUUGCCGCCUCCAAGAUCGAGCACUUGAGAAAGCAAGUUGCACGGCACACAGAGAGAAUAUCAUCCAUUAAAGCCCACAUCAAGCUGGUGGUUGAAGGCGUUCGAGAGCUUCUCAACAUAUCAGCUGAAGAUUCGUGA